UAGCCCUUAUGAUGAUACUCGAAUCGAUCAGAUGUCUAUAGAUAUAUAACGAUAUUCCUCUCUCGGACAAACGGCGCAAAAGUCGAUAUCGCAUUGUUGCGGACGAGUCGAUCCGGGCAUCGUUACUUUCGACGCGAGGAAUUGAACUUCGAUAUCUGCAGAAUAAUUCGUCGACAGAGGCACGAGGGUAGCACGCGUAUUUCACGGGAAAUGCUGUAGAUGCGAUCUUUGUGAUAGGUAAACAACAUACAUGCCGACGCCGGUGAUCGCGCGUUAAUCGGAACGUUUAAUGUCAUGGAGAAUAACAAGCAGCAAUCAACGUUGUCGAAUGGCUCGACCAAAGUGAGCAGCGCGUCCGACGAUGGCAAGAAUGAUUUACAAAUGGUACUGGCGAAAAUGAUGGAAGAGAAACAUACCUAUACGUAUAAGAAAUUGGUGGUACCGCCAUCGAUGAGAAGUAUUUACUGGAAAUUCUUUGGCUUCCCAGCCACGGAUGACGGCGACAUCCUCACCAAGGUAAAGAUCGUCUGUAUACUGUGCAAGACACAGAUCGCCUAUAAUCGUAACACCAGCAAUCUCCGUAUGCAUCUGCAAAACAAGCAUGCUCAGGAAUUAUUGGAACUGGAAUCGUCCAAUCCUCCAUCCAGACAAAUUAUAUCUCAGGAGAACAAGGAGCGCAAAGCUCAAAAGAGAAUGUUGAAAGCAGGCCUGAGUCCGACGAAAUAUAUCUAUACCACUAAUGCGGAUGGCACUGUCCAAAUAGAUGGUGAUAUACAAUUCGUUACAGAUCCUAACAUAAGUCUGUCAAAUAUGGAGGAAGACAUUGCUAUUGGUCAACCACUGAGAGUAAUGAUCAAGAGUGGAUCUGGUAUUAAUGGCAGCAGUCAAAAUGUGGCAUUCCUAAUGUCGGAGGAAAAUGUAACAAAUCAAUCGGUAGAUGUAAAAACUGUGUCAGAUGCUAUAGCAGAAUUUAUUGUAAUGGAUCUGCAAUUGCCAGAUAUUGUAGAGGGUCGCGGAUUUCAGAGAUUGGUGGCCACUUUGCGCUCGCCGUGCGAGAUCCCUAGUAAAAACAAGUUAGAAGAGGAGAUAAUACCAAGAAUAUAUGAUACUUUUCGAGAAUCAGUGGCUGCUUCAUUAUCCUGCAUUGCUUCAGAGUUAGCAUUGACAAUAGAAGAAUGGAAAUCAAACAACGACGAACAUUUUGUUACUGUAUCAAUUUAUUAUCAAAAUGCUGGAGAGGCUACUUUGGAAUGCAAAGUUUUAAGCACUCUUCAUGCACCAUUAGAUUGGGAGGAAUCCCAUUGGGGUAGUACUAUUGAUUCUCUAUUACUUGAGUGGGAUCUCAAAGUGGAAAAAAUAACAGCAGUAGUUGUCAGUACUUCCAGAACAGAAUUACUUAUGGCAUUAAGUAAUCGUGGCUUGACUUUAGUGCCAUGCUUGCUUCACACUCUACAGGUGUGUGCGCAGGCUUGUUUCGAGAAUCCUGAAGUGGCUCACUUAUUAUCAAAAUGCAGAUCAGUUAUUGGAGCUAUCAUAAGUCAUCCAGCUGCGUCUGCAACAUUAAUUAUGCAAGAGCAAUUAUUAGAGUUGGAAGAAAAUGCUAUGUUGUUAGAUUAUCCAGUUGUAUGGAUAUCAACAUAUAGCAUGCUAGAGCAAAUGGUAAUGCGUCGUAAUAUAGUUAUAUCUAUAUUAGAAAAUAUGGAAGGAAUAGAUCAAGAGAUGUUUGAAAUCACCAAUGAACAAUGGAAAAUUAUGGAAGAUCUUGUGGGUGUUCUUGAACCAUUCAAAGUUACUAUUAUGACAUUAAGUGAAGAAAAAAUGCCUCUGAUAUCAUUGUUAAAGCCAUUAUUAUGGCAACUUGUAUCUUCGCAUCUUAAAGUUAAAGAGUCUGACAGUGAUAUUGCUAAAACAUUUAAAGAAUCCUUGUCAGAUAUGUUAUGUGAACGAUACGCGGAUUACAAUGUCACAUUGCUUUUACAAAUUGCAACUACUUUAGAUCCUAGGUUUAAAUCAUUGCCGUACGUUACCGAAGAAGAUAAAAGUGUAGUUAGUUCUCCCAUAAAGGAAAUGCUGACGAAACUGAUUCAAGAAGAAUCCGGGGAUAAUAUCUCCAUAAAGACUGAAGAUGAAACAGUACAAAGUAAAAAAACUAGACUAUCAGGUAUGGAACUUUUACUUGGCGGUUUAUGUGCUACCAAAACUGGAAUGCCCGCAGAGGAAAAGGCGGACCUCGAGGUUGUUCAAUAUCAAUCGGAAUCCAUUGCACCGCUCGAUCAUUGUCCUUUACAAUGGUGGUCUAAAGUGUCCGCGAAAUGCCCCAAUUUGGCGAAACUGGCAAGUAGAUAUCAUUGUGUGCCCGCCUGUUGCGCACCGCCAACACGUAUUCCGGCAGAUAUACAGAUACAAUACGAUACAAAGCGAGCGGCUUUACCACCUCACCUGAUCGAUAAACUACUUUUUCUGCAUGGUAAUCAUACUAUGCAAGUAUGAAAAGGAUUUUUAAACUGAGGGGAUACAAAUAUUUGAGAAAUACCUCACUGGUAAAUAAGAUAUUUUCGUAAUGUACAUGUCGAAUGCAACAUAAUGUAAGUUUAAAGUAAUAUGCACGUUGACAAAUUCGUGUACAAGUGUACAAUAUAUACAUUACAUACUAUAUGUAAGUAUCUAAAAUCAUCAACCGACAACUUUGUCUUCGCAUUGAAUAUGCGAUUUCCUUUGAUAUAAAAAUAGUUGAUUAUUAUCACAAUAGAUUUCUAAACGCACAAUGCCAGAUACAGUAUAUAUAAUGUGAUUUCUUUAAUUCCGCAGAAGUUAUAGUGAAGAAAAUAAAAAAAUAAAAUACAGAAAAAAGUAAAAAGAUUAUGCAAAUUAUUUUGAUAUAUAAAAAUUCUACGAUAGAAUAUUCUGAAAACAAAAUAUUAAUGAUAUUAUAUCUUAGUUCAUGCAAUUCACAUAAUGAAAUACAGAAUUCGCAGAAUAGCUCAGAGUGAUCUUUCUUACAAUUUUUAGAUAUCAAAAUAAUUUGCACAAUUUUUUUACUCUCUUUUAUAUUUUAUCUUAUUGAUUUUUAUUUUCUUCGCUAUAACUUAUGCGGAAUUAUAACUAUAUUUAAUAAUUAUAUAACUGUUCUGUUUUAUUGAAAUUAAUCUAUUCUAGUAUCUCGUGACUGUAUAUCAUGAAAUUGAGAAGUAAACGAUAAAAUAAUUGUGCAAAAACUUUAUAACUAAUUUUAAAAAUUGUUAAAAAUUAUAUAUGAUAGAUUCAAGAUAUAUAUAUCCAGUUAUCACAUUAAUAUCGUUAAUGGAUCAUUUGGUCAAUUUUUUGUUAAUAUACGAAUCCGAUAGAACGCUUGAUUAUAUAGUUUUAUCUUUAUAAAAUUUUAAAUUAUCAAUUUCAUAACAUACAUUGAAUACUGAAUUAAUUUUGCAUGUCUUGCCGCCUAUAUCGAAAACUUUUGCUAAAAGUAUGUAAUAAUAAAAUAUGUAAAAUAUGAUUGAAUUAUUUUUUAUAUCAUUAUGCAUAUAACAUUUUAGCUGUCAGAACUCGAAUUCUCUUUUAUAUCAAAUAUUAAUCAAAUAUAAACGGGUAUUUAUUUAUUUUAAUAUAAUUAGGCAAUCAAAUAUUGAGAAAUUAUUGAAUACUUUCUAAUUAAAUUAAAUCAAAUUUUUCAGCUGAUCAAUUCUAUUUGUGUCAUUCCACAUCUGAAAAUAUUAAAUAAGAGAGACCCAAUGAUAUUAUUGAAAAUUAAAUAAGAAUAAAAAUGUCAUACAAUUUUCAUAAUUUGUGCUCACUAAUUACAGAUUUUCAUUCCUUAAUAAAAGAUAUAUAAUAAUACAUAGAAACAUAUAUGUAAUUAUCGAUUGAAUUCCAAAAUUUUAUUAUUGAAUUCCAUUCAAUAUAUUCGGAUAUUAUUCACAAUUUUUAGCAUUCAAGUAAUAUUGAAGAUAUAAUCAGGUAAUACUUACAUAUUGUCUGCAAAUUUGAGUAACAGCAUAUUUUAGAUACCCUAUCCAGAUGUAAUAUCCAGAGAUAAUUCAGUUUAUAUUGAUAGUACUAAUAUGUAAAUUCAUCUUAUUGAUGACAGUAUUCAAUGUGCUAAUAUUAUUUAUAAAUUUAAAAGUAUUAUGAUUUAUUUGUUACAAGUGUAGUAUAACUAAUUUAUGUUAACAGUUUAGCUGAGAUUACAAUGAGUGACUUUCAAUGUUAUUUCUAAAAGUAGAUUAUUGCCACAUAUAUAAUAAUACAGUUAAUUGGUUGUAAUUUGAUUUAACAAUUUGCACUAUGUAUUAAAUAGGAUUUGUACAUUAUUACACAAUUUGUAAAAAACAAUAUUUACUGUAAUAUUUCCUAUAAACAUAUUUUCCUAGUUACACAAGCAUCAUAUAUUAUUAGAAUCGUUUGUUUGCAAUUAUAUUGUGCACAUAUAGAACAAUUUUAUAAUAUAAAUUUAUUAUUACGAUUUAUAUUAAGAAAAAAGAAGUACACAUUUAGAGGAUAUAAACUCUUUUAAAGUUUUAUAUUGGUACAAAUCUGGUAUUGGUACACAACAAUAAACAAAAGUUUCAUCUU